AUGGCGUGCAAAGUUACAGGGACCGCAUUCAUCACUGGCGCCGGAUCAGGAAUCGGCAAGACGACAGCGCUGAACUUUGCAAGACACGGCAUCACCUCCUUGGCGCUUUUGGAUAUCAAUUUGGCUCAGUUGGAGAAUACCCGCAAUGAGCUCCACAUCGCUUUUCCUCAUGUUGAAGUCGAGGCCUUGCAUGUAGACGUCACCGACGAAGCGUCAGUAGACGGAGCGAUCGAGAUGGCUGUGUCUCGGUUCGGACGCAUCGACAUCGCUGUGCAUUCUGCAGGUAUCAGCGGGACGCCCACAAAGACCCACGAGCUGCAUCUCUCUGAAUGGCAGAAGGUCAUCGACAUCAACCAGACAGGGCUGUGGCUGAGCCAGAGGGGAGUGGUCCGGCAGAUGCUAACACAGGAAUCGCGAGGUGUCCGUGAAGGCCGCGGAGUGAUCGUCAAUUUGUCGUCGAUGUAUGGUGUUGCUGCUCCUCCGGGAAGCUUCGGGAUCGUCCCAUACACCGCUGCUAAGCAUGCUGUCGUGGCAAUCACCAAAUUAGACGCCAAGACGUACGCUAAGGAAGGAAUCCGUAUCAACGCCAUUUGUCCUGGAUACGUGGACUCCCCUCUUAUACACGCGGCUAUUGAAAGCGGCGGUCUGAACAGCGAGUUUGAGAAAACACCGAUGGGUCGCCCAGCCAGCCUUGAUGAGAUUGCCGACUCUAUUUUAUUUCUUGCAUCACCCAUGAGCAGUUACAUGUGUGGUUCUGCAUUGGUAGUAGAUGGCGGAUAUACCGUGUAA